GUUAUCUUAGGCCUACCUGCUUUUGGGGUGGUAUUAUUAAAGAAGGGGGCGAAUGCAGUCUGCUAAAGAAAAUACACUACAGACAUGUAAACAAGGAAAUCAUUCUGGUAGAACACAAAUCCAGAGUAACCUUUAGACAAUGCUUUUAAGUUGUAAACAAAAGGAAAAUGAAUGGCAAUGACCCUCACCAGAAUGAACGGCAGUCCAUCUUAACAAGGUUGCUAGAUGCAGUGAAACAAUGUCAAGUCAGGUUUGGAGGCAGAUCAGAACUAGCAACAGAUUCAGAUAGCAGGAUCUCAUGCUUGUGUGCAGCGUGGGAGACAGCCCUGCAACAUGGCAUGAAGAAGAACAACAAGGCUCUGUCCGCUUUCAAACAAAUGACAGAGAGAGCUGGGUUAAGUAAAGUCACAGAUCUGUUCUCAGACAUUAAGCGGAUUGAGGUAGAGCCAGUGUUUUGGCAUUAUGCGAAAGAACAUUUAACAAAACAUGAGUUUCAAAGGUUUAAUAAACUGAAGCUGGUGAACACAGAUACAGGAAGAGGGAGAGCAUGGCUGAGAGCAUCACUCAAUGAGCACUCUCUGGAGCGGUACAUGCACAUGCUCAUAGAAAGGGAUGAAAUGUUGGCGCAGCAUUAUGAAGACUGGGCCUUUUUAAGAGACUUAGAAAGAAGUAGCAUGUUACCCAAUAUGGCAGCUGGGUUAGGUUCCAUUCUGUUCGCCAUCACAAUAGAUAGACCAGAGCUCAACAAAGGCUACACUCUGCCCAAUUCUAGACAAAUUAACAGCACCAUAGAAUCUGUGGAGGCUGUAGAUAAAGAGGACGAGCCAAGUCCGGUGAUAUCAGAAAGUGUUUCCCCAGCAUCAGCAAAGAAAAAAGAAAAGAAGAAAAAGAAGAAAAUUCCGAAUGUGGUCAGUUUUGAUGAGGAUGAGAUGGUGGGCACUGUGAUAACAAGGUCAGGGAGCAGCAGUGAAUCUACAGGCAAAGGGAAAGACAUCAUUAUCAGUGAUGAAAUACAUGAUGAUAAUGUAUUUAGCUCUGACAAGGAUCCCUCCACUAAAUCAGGAGGAGACAACACUGUGAUAGAACCAACACUACCUGCUCUUGUGCGUGUCUCUAGUCAAGUUAGUUCCCCUUCACUGCGCUCACUCAACUCAGACCAGUUGUCAAAGUCAAGCAUUGGAUCAUAUAGCGACUUGGACCAUGACUCAUCCUCAUUCAUGAGCCCAGUGGGGGCAGAUGGAAUGGUCAUGUAUACUGAGAUGGUACCACUCAGCAGGGAUCUAUCUAGUCAGCUGUCCGACCCCUAUGCCACCCAUGAUUACCCCAAACAGAAAGAUAUAGAAAGUGCAUCUCUUGCUCUUACACUUGCUCAAAAUAGUCUUUCAAAUAGCAGUAAAAAAUUGGUAGAAGGAAAUAAGGAACCAAGUCAGGAUUCUAAAGACUCCAUGACCCCUGAUGAACUUAAACAGGCAGUGGUGGCCAUGAUGCUGCGCAAAGAUUCAGUUGAGGAACAGAAGAAGAAACUAGAAGGUAUGUUGCAGCAUGAAAUGGAAACCUCCUCUACUUUAAGAGCAGAAAUUGAAGAGCUAAAAAUGCACCAUGCAAGCAGGCACGAAAAAGAACAAACAAAAAUUCAGGUUUUGCAAAAAGAAAAUGAGCUACUGAAACACCAGCUCAAGAAAUAUGUCAGUGCUGUACAAAUGCUGCGUACUGAAGGAAUCAGCAAGGAAGAUUCUUUAGGAAUCCAUUUGGAAGAGCCACAACCCAGCAUUCCACCACCCAAACCCAUGAUAGACUACAGUCACGAGGCUGCUGAGUAUGAGAAAAAACUCAUUCAGGUUGCUGAGAUGCAUGGAGAACUGAUGGAGUUCAAUGAACAACUUCAUCGUCAGAUUGUGGCCAAGGAAGCUCUGCUCAGGCAGCUUAGAGAGGAGUUGAUUCUUCUACGUGGACCACUUCCAUAUGACAGACAUCCUUCAGUUGACUCAGGACAUGAAAUAGAAAGCUUAAACCUACAGAGAACUCUAAUCAACAUAUGGAUACCUUCAGCCUUUCUUAGAGGGACUUCCAAUAACACACAUCACGUUUAUCAGGUUUAUGUUCGUAUCAGAGAUGAGGAAUGGAAUGUUUACAGGCGCUACUCCCAGUUUCUAGAUCUGCAUAUGAGACUGAAGAAAGUUUAUCCCAUUGUAGGCAAAUAUGACUUCCCACCCAAAAAAGCAAUUGGAAAAAAGGAAGCAAAACUGGUGGAAAGCAGGCGCCAACUAUUUCAGGCCUAUUUACGCAACAUAAUCAACUUAAUGACAGAAAAAAAUGACCAACUUGCCAAUAUGGCCACCAAGGAAAAGCUUAUAUCAUAUCUGCCAUUUUUCAAAGACAAGGUUGAAGAUGAAGGUAAGAAAGGAAAAAAAGGAAAAAGCAACUCUACAACAACAGUGCCGAUAUCAGCCCCUGAAAGCCCUGCAGUAAGAACAGAUGAAAGUGGUCAUGUGCAUUACCAAGGAUUAUAAAUCAAACCUUUCUUAUGUAUAGUAUGUAAACUGCAACAGUUUUAUGUUGAAAGCUGUGAAAAUCCGUAACUUUUUACUAAGUAAAUAAUGAAUGCUAUGUGGUUGCUAUAUAAACUAGACUUGGUCUGUUAGUUAAAUUGUUUAGC